GAAUACUGGGUCCCAAAACCCCAGCAUGUUCCUCCCAGCGACAAAUCAAUUCCACCUUAACCCAUAAAGGAACCGAGCGCAGGAAAUGCCUUCGCUACUGUGCGGCCGGCAAGGAGCUGUCUAAUAAGACCAAUCAGGGACAGGCUUUCAUGGCAACUUUUAAGGACUCUCCUGCGAGCGUGUGAAGUUUUCCCUGGCAGGAAACAGGCUUGUGAGGAAGAAUUGCUGGUACCUUUGUGCUGGCUGCAGGCAGGAUACAGAGCAGGGGAAGGACAUGCGCCCUGAGCCUUCUCACUCCCAGAGGCAGGAAACCUACAGGAAAGAGCGAGUUGCUGCUGCUGUUGCAGCUGUUGCAGCCGCCUGAAGCCACUUGCUCCGCUGUGUAACGCACUGGGCAGACAAUCCAGGCACAGGGCUCUGGAACAACCGGGAGGGAAGAUGGCGACGCUGGGAAGCGAGUGUCAGGCUUUCUGUGCCCUCUCAGGCAGUGCUCUGCUCCCAGCCCAGCUCCAGCACAGCGCUGCCGGGGGGGUCACUAACUUCAGCCUCAAGCUGCCGGUCAACCGGGGACUGGAACGAGCCUUGGAGGAGGCUGCCAGCUCGGGGGUGCUGAAUGUCAGUGCCAGGAAGCUCAAGGAAUUUCCCCGAACUUCAGGGAGCCCAGACCUGUCGGACACUGUGCGGGCAGAUUUUUCAAAAAAUAGGCUGACUGAAGUUCCUGUGGAAGUUUGUCAGUUUGUGUCACUGGAAGCACUGAACUUGUACCAUAACUGUAUCAGAAUAAUUCCCCAUGCUUUUGUAAACCUGCAGAUGUUGACGUAUUUAAACAUUGGUCGGAAUCAGCUUUCCUCUGUGCCAGCCUGCGUAUGUGGUCUUCCUCUUAAAGUUCUUAUUGCAAAUAAUAAUAAGCUUGGUUCUCUGCCAGAGGAAAUAGGUCAGCUGCAGCACCUAAUGGAAUUGGAUGUCAGCUGCAAUGAAAUCGCAUCUUUGCCGCAGCAAAUUGGCCUUCUGAAAUCUCUUAGAGACCUGAAUGUACGACGAAAUCAUUUAAAGGCCCUACCUCCAGAAAUUGUUGAUCUUCCCUUAGUGAAGCUGGAUUUUUCCUGCAAUAAAGUGCUGGUUCUGCCACUUUGUUUUAGAAAAAUGGUGCAAUUACAAGUUUUAAUACUUGAGAACAACCCACUCCAGUCUCCUCCUGCGCAGAUUUGUAUCAAGGGCAAAGUACACAUAUUUAAAUAUUUAAGCAUGCAGUCUUGCCAGAUGGAAAAAACUGGGGAUGGAUUUUAUCUUCAUUCUUUAGAAAGACCAAAUCUGCCACAACAUGUGGAAGAAAGUGGCAUUGAAGACAUCUUUCCAGCAAAAAAGGAUUCAGACUCGGGCGUUGGCAGCGAUAGUGGUGAGAAGCGUUUAUCUACAAUAGAGCCUUGUGAUGAGGAUUCUACAAGCCCAAGUGUGCCAAUGUCAGAUAUCUUGGAAGAGGAAAACCUUUUGAAAGAAGACAUUGUUGAACAACAGUUGAACAACUUGCUGCAAGUUGAAUCUCCGCAGAAUUCCCUCUCGAGUGCAUCUGACAGAGCAUACCAGAAUGAGACAGAGACCCUCCAAAUGGAAUAUCUGCAGUAUGAGGGAAGCAGGUCUGCGUUUGAUGAACCUUUGCAAAUUCAGGAGGAAUCGCCUUGGCUAAUAGAAAACACUAGAAAUGCUUCAGAAAAACAGGAGCUCAAUGCAACAAUGAUAGACCAACUGAGGGAAGCCGUUGUCAUGUUGCAAGAUCCAACAAGGUUAAGUUUGGAAAUUGAAGACACCGUUAACGUUUACCCAUUAGAACGUAUUCCAGAAUCUGCUUUGAAUGAUACAUCAGUGAAUGGACAAGUAGAACUCCAGAUGUCUCCAAUCUUACAGAAUGACAUGACCAUUGAGACACUGGCAUCACAAAAUUCCCCUCAAGAGACUGAAAAUAGCACUCCAACGCUAUCACCAGUACAUAGCACAGCAGCCUUUGGCCUUAAACCUCGAUCAGACCCGUCCCUCACUCUUCCUCCUAUCUCCUUCAACAAACUUACACAGGCACAAAAUUGGGACAGCAAUAACAUGGAUAUCUCAGCUGAAGGAGGCAUUGACAAUGUCUUCAUCAGACCACAGAGGAAUCUGGAAUCAGUAGAUCCUCAGUUUACAAUACGAAGAAAAAUGGAACAAAUGCGAGAAGAGAAAGAGCAUGUAGAUCAUUUGCGGGAGAAUAUAGAAAUCAGGUUAAAGAUGGGCCUGCCUAAUGACUUGGGACCUGCUCUGAUGGAUGGGGUUGUUCUAUGUCAUUUAGUUAAUCAGAUCCGACCUCGGUCAGUGGGGAGUAUCCAUGUGCCUUCGCCAGCUGUGCCAAAACUUAGCAUGGCCAAAUGCAGAAGAAAUGUUGAAAACUUCUUAGACGCUUGUAGAAGAAUGGGAGUACCUGAGGAAAAACUGUGUUUGCCACAUCAUAUUUUAGAAGAAAAGGGUUUGGUGAAAGUGAGCGUAACAGUGCAAGCACUUAUAGACGUAACCACUACCAAACAAGCUUUAUUUCUAUGAAACAUGUUCAUGCGGGUGAAUGUGACUGUAGCACUGUGCUCCGUAUGGGGAAGAGCCAGAGAGAAGCUGCGCACAACACACAGGCUGGCCCCCAACACCGCUCCAUACUGGAUUCCCUGGACUGGAGGGCAGCAUUCAGCAUUCCAGAAGCACAGAGCGGGUUAUGCACAAAACAUUUGCCUAUUCUCAUCCACUGGGGUAACAAAGGUGGCGGAGCAGUUUUUUUUUUCUCUCAGAAAACAGUAUUGCAAACAGAACAAGGGGGGCACAGAACUCAUCCUGCUGUCACAGUGUGUGAUACACAUCUAUACACGCAAGUGCAAUGCACUGAUAGGAUUCUACAAGGACACUUGCUUAUGUGCUGAACUGAUAUAUACAUAUAAAGGGAAUACCCCACACUGCCACAAAGAUGAUUUGCUUGGGUACAGCUACUGGCCAGCAACAUGCUUUAUCAUUGGCUUGGACCUGACUGAUUUGGCUUGGACCUGAUUUGUCCACCAGCAAUAGUAAGCAAAGAAGACCCAGGAAAGUGCUAUCACUUGGCACAUGCAUUGAUAGUGGGUGGGGGCUCUUCAACCUAAGCACAAGGUAUUUCACUCAAUCCAAAUUCUCUCUCCCAUGUUGCACUGAUUUUUCAGAGGAUUUCACCAUGGUCCAUAACCUGUCUGGGGGUUGUAACACUGGUAACAUAUUGGUUCUGACCAGUAUAUGAACAGACUCUUGGGGUUUUUGUGUGGGCCAAUGAGCUGGCUUCAAACACUUGUGGAGUAAACAUAAGUGACAGGAACUAGACAGCCAUAUGCAAUGUGGUUAAGGCACUUAUAGUGUAAUUUUUAGAAGGUGUGAGCAAGCAAGUGGCUAAUAUGGUUACAUGGGAGCUAUGUGUUUGGCUCUGUGUAACAGAAGAUCAGGGUCAGUUUGAAGCCACCAAGCCAUAUAUGUAUAUGCUUUUUGUUUAACAAAUUCUGUUGUUUCAUGUGGGCACAACAAUUACAUCUAGGGCUUUCUUAUAAUAGUUUGGGAGGUAAUGAGCUCUGUCCAACCCAUGUUGCAUUUGUUGCUGAAUACACAAUUCCCAGCAUCAUAGCCAGCUGAUGGGAUGCAAGUUUACUCCAGCUGCCUUAAUGUAUUGCAUGUAGCCAAAAAGGUAGGAAGCUCUGGUGCUUUGGGCAACGGACAUGCCAUGUGUGUAGGGUUUAGGGUUUAUCAGCGCGGGUGCUCAUUGCUGGUGUUGGCGCAAUACAAAGUGUUCCAGUGUAAUCACUCCACUUUAUCCAUGUGUUUCUGUUGAAUGGGGAUGACGGACACCAAAGCUGAAUACAUUCAAAGCAGAUCAAGAUCUAUGUUUUUCUGCAUUCGUUGUCAGUUCCUAGCGCUCCAGGGAUGAGUUGGCCCAUUUACUACUUCUGAAUAUCAGGUUCUAUGUGCAAAUGGCACAGGGGUCCCACAAGUAUCAGUUCAUUCUGCUAAACUCUCUAUUUAUGUGAAUAUUAUUUAUUAGGGAACAUAUUCAUCCUUUUUGGGUGCAAACUGUACAUUAUGAACAUAUCCUUUAUUACUGCUUUUUUGUGGUCCUUUUAUAUUAUCUUAUAUGGGGUUGCUUUAUUCUGCUUGUAAGCCCUUCUGCCUCAUAGUUCUCUGUUUGAUUCACUUUAAGGAGGUUAUAAUAAAUAGAAGGGAAGCACUAAUAGCUGAUAUAGGAUCAAAAGCCGGAGCUGUCUUUAUGGGUCCCUGGCUCUUCAAAUUCUGGGGCCCCCACAGAGGCUUAGCUGUACGUAGGAAAAAUAAGGGACAGUGGGUAUAUGGAAAAAAGAUGGCAGUGUUAGAGUAAAAUGAUGACAAUAACAUCUAAAUCAGUGUUGUCCAAGCUGUGGUGGUUCAGAUAUUGUUGCAUACAACUCAGGGGUUGAUAAAAUGUAUUAGCAAAUCAUUAGGAGAGACAGGCACAAGUAUAGGUGGUCACGAUGUUGAAUAUCCCAUGACAAGAAUUGCCAAAGCACACAGGGAGUGGGAGGGACGGAUAUUCCGAUAUUGCUGCUAGAAGGUCUGUUCAACAACUUGUAGAUGGUCUCUAAUUUCUUGGUAUAGGGCAUCUAUAAUUGCAUAUUCCAUAGGUAAAACAUACUAAUUACCCAAGAAGUGAUGCUGUUGGUUGCUACAUGGAUAGAUAUACUAUGUACAGAACAUACUCCUCAGAGCACUGUGCAAGAGUUACUCUGUACUGCGCAGCAUUUCUAGCUGACAUGGGGGCUGUUGGUUGAGGCUACAAAAACAAACAUUGCCAUUUUGUGGUGAGUGUGGAGAUAAUACUAAUGUCAUUUGUUUUAUUUAAGUAUGUUAAAGCAUGACAACGUUAUAGGCAAAUGAAUGAUCUGCCUCCCAGCACUUUAGGUUGAAGUGAAAGGAGCCAGCUGUGACAGUGUUGGCCCAAGCAGGAUUCUCAUGUGAGAGUUAAUCUCCCCUCCGGCUCAUAGAACUAAACAUUGCUAGAAAGGAGUGGUGUCGGCAUCAGAAUGGAUGCUCAGUCCUGUUGGCACUGCCUCUCAAUGCAAUCUUACAUAAGAUGGUGAUUAAUAUUCUUUUUCUAGUUACUCGUGAAUAUUAUUAUAACAGGAAAUUCAUGAUUCCGCUCCAGCAAUAACAGCCAUUGUGUAGAACCUACUGCACUCUGGGCCUUUCCAAAAUCAAUCCCAAUCUAUACAAUUAAGAUGAUUAUGUGGCUUCAUUUCCUUUCAGCUUGUGUUUUUAUUCAUUGUGGGAGACCUAACUUUAUAUAUCCUUCCUACACAAGUAUUGAUCCUUGUGCUGUGUGGCCCAUUCAUUAGGCUUAUGUAAGCCAAUUUUCUUCUCAUUAACACUACAAGCCCUAAGAAUAGCGAAGGGUUUCUCUGUCUAACAGAGAUAAUAACAGAUUCCAAGCUCUUGGGUGCCUGAAUUGCUUGAGCCUUGAAGGGGCUGUCUAACAGGGGAACUAAUGCUUAACCUUAUGUUUUUGUGCCUCUGUACCAGCCCAAGGCAACCACAACCCUUUAGCAGGGAAGAUCUGUGCCUCCAAAGAUGCCCCAGUAGCUC